AGUCUCUCUUUGAUCUCCUUAAUCUUCAAGAGAGAAGACAAAUAGACAUGGGAAAUUGUCAGGGUAAACAAUCAUCAAGAUCUAGGAAACAUAUAACCAUUCAUGACCGUGCUCAAUCGGGAGAUAUUAAUGGGUUUCAGAAGGUACUUCAAAAGGAUCCAUCUCUUAUCAACAAAAGAAAUGCAAUUAUGUUGGAGACACCCCUUCAUCUUUCUGCUGGUAACAACAAGACAAAAAUAGUGAAAUUUCUGCUUGAAUGGAAAGGAGAUGAUAAAGUUGACUUGGAAGCGAAAAAUAUGUGUGGAGAAACUCCAUUGCAUUUAGCUGCCAAGAAUGGGUGCAAUGAAACUGCACGAUUACUUCUUGCUCAUGGUGCUCUUGUUGAUGCUCAAACUGAGUAUGGAGUGACACCAUUAAAACUUUCGGUUUUGCACUCAGUUCGAACUAAAGACUGUUCAAUUGUCAAGACAUUGCUCGAGAAUAAUGCUGAUUAUAAUGCUACAGAUGAUGAGGGCAUGACUGUUCUAGAUCAUCUUUCAAAAAUCCAAGAAAGUGGAAAGUUGAGUGAUGUAUUUCUCUCUCAUCAAGAAGAGCAACGAAAGAAAAAGGUACUUGAAGCAUGCAGCAAGGAAAAAGAAAAGAUGGAUGCCCUUGAUAAAGAGCUAUCAAAUAUUGUGGGUCUGGAUGAACUCAAGAUGCAACUUAGGAAAUGGGCAAAGAGCUUUCUUGUGGAUGAGAGGCGCAAGGCCCUUGGACUGAUAGUCGGAACUGAAAGACCUCCUCGCAUACCGUUUCAAGGAAAUCCUGUAACAGCCAUGCCUCACCAAAGAGACAAAGACGAAGACGAUAUGAUGGAUGAGGAUGAUUUUGACGAUGAGUUUGACGACGAUUUUGACGAUGAAGAAGAGGACGGAAUGGUGCUACCCUAUCCUAGGCCUCCAUUGGCUUCGCCAAAUAUGAAUUUUGGCACUGGUAAACUUCCUCACAUGGCAUUUCCAGGAAAUCCUAUAACAGGGAGGGCACUGCCUCACCCUGGGCUUGGACUGCCUCCGCCAUUGCUGAAAGUUGGCACGAAGACUUCCUCACAUGGCAUUUUAGGAAAUCCUGGAACAGGUAAGACAAUGGUGGCUCGAACCCUUGGAAGACUACUCCAUAGUGCGGGAAUUUUGCGUACCCCUAUUGUAAAAGAAGUUCAAAGGACAGAUUUAGUUGGUGAAUAUAUUGGUAAGACUGGACCAAAGACUAGGGAAAAGAUCAAACAAGCCGAGGGAGGUAUUCUCUUUGUGGAUGAAGCUUAUCGACUAAUCCCUUGGGAGAGAUGUGGCCGUGACUUCGGGUUAGAAGCCUUAGAAGAGAUCAUGUCGUGUAUGGACAGUGGAAAAGUUUUAGUCAUAUUUGCUGGCUACAAUGAACCAAUGCAACGUGUAAUAUCUUCUAAUGAAGGUUUCAGCAGAAGGGUUACUAACAUUUUUAAGUUUAAAGAUUUGAGCUGUGAAGAAUUAGGUAAUCUUCUCCAUAUCAAGAUGAGUAAUCAAGCGGAGGAUAACUUGUUAUAUGGGUUCAAAUUACAUUCUUCUUGUAGUGAAAAUGCCAUUGCAGAGCUAAUACAGAAAGAGACAACAAAAGUGCAACGUAUGAAAAUGAAUGGAGGUUUAGUGGAUAUAAUGCUAAAUAAUGGUAAGGAGAAUUUGGAUUUUAGGAUUACUGAUGAUUGUGUAGAGAGUGAUGAAUUGCUUACCAUCAAAUUAGAGGAUUUUGAAGCAGCUUUGAGAUUUUUACCCAAAUAGCAUCACUCUUAGCGUUUGAGUGUAAACGUAUAAGUCUUCUUGCUUUGUGCGCGUUUGAAUGUUUAGUCAGCCUGUUUAUCAGUUGAACUUUUAAUUUGUAUUCGCAAUAACUAUUUUAAGUAUUUGGAUGAUAAAA